AUGAGAGCCUCGUGGCUUCUGCUGGGCCUUAUUGCCGCGCACAUGUCCAUGGCGUCCGCUUUCGCCCCCUCACAGUUUGUCCAGCUCAAUGCGCGCGGUCGGCACUUCCCCUCUCAACUCUCUCAACGAGUGCCUCCCCGCCCCAAGAGCAGCGGAGGGUUCGCGAGGACGAGAAUGUCUGCUUCUAGCCAGACGCCAGCAACCGGAGGAGGCGCCGCGAGCCGUUCAAAGGGGACAACGUCCCUGCUCUCCCUGACGCGAUUCUUGCUGGUCAAGUUUCUUAUCCUCCUGCGCGAGAUCUACGGGCAGCUCUUUGUGUUUGUCUUCGACACCUUCAUCCAGAAACCCUUCAUGUACAUCCUGAACAAGGUUGAGAUCAAGAAUCAUGAUCGGCUCACUAAGCUGAUCAGCUCCCGUCCUCGGGGAGCACCGCUCAUCACAGUCUCGAAUCACUGCUCCUCUCUGGACGAGCCUCUCCUCUUCUCUACCUUGAUCCCUUGGCCGAUCAAGCAGUGGGAGCUGCGUUACAGUCUGUGCCAUGAUGGAAUGUUCUUCCGCCUGGGCCCGAUCUUUGCGCAGCUGUUCUUCUAUGCGGCGAGAGGUCUUCCAAUCUACAGAAAUCGCAACAUGGACCAGGAAGCCUUUAGAAUCUUUGCUGAAAAAGCCAGGAAAGGAGGAUGGUGUCACAUCUUCCCUGAGGGAAGGAUCUGGCAACCAUGGAAGCUGCGGAAUGAGGAUCGCAGGCUCGGCCCUCUUCGUCCAGGAGUAGGGAAGCUGAUCGCGUACUGCGAGGAGCAAAGUCCGAUUGUUCUUCCAUUCUACCACACAGGGAUGCACAGAGUGCUGCCUCAGUUUCCUAACAGCCGGGCCCAGAGCUUUCCUCCCAAGACGGGAAACAAGGUUACCAUACGAAUCGGAGAGCCUAUCCAUGUGAAGGAUCUGUUGGAUGAAUACCGACAGAAGAGGGAGGAGGCAAGAAAAGAGCAUGGGAUUGAAGACGCGUGGACGACAACAAGCGUGGAGGAGGAGCUUUAUGCUAAGCUCACGAACAGGGUUGAAGAAGCUCUGUUGAAGCUGUCACAGGAGGUGAAUGUUGAAGAAGAAUGGCAGACACACCCAUCUGUUCUGAGCACUAAAACUAAGAAAUGA